AGAGGGCCCUUUAAAUGGAGGGAGGCUAUCCAAAGGAGAAAAUUUUUCAGUCACCUUCUAUUAGAGAGGACAAUUCAAAGGGAGGAGGACAUUCUAUUUUCAAUCAUAUUCCAAAGGACCAUUUUAUUAGAGAGGGGGCCAUUCAAUUAUAAAUUUAUUUUUUUUCUAGCUCAAAUGCACGCAGCAGGAAUUAGCCCAUUUUCGAAUAGAUGGAAUCAAGUCCAUAAUUUCACUCCAGAUUCUGGCAAAUGCAAUGUUCGUCAAAAUUUAAAUCCAAAAAUUACAAAUUCCUUCAAUUCGCAUUUAAUACAAAAAUUGGAACAUUUUUUAUUUAAUUCAAAAAAUUGGCAAUUUUCUAUGGGAAAUAAAAGGGAAUCAAAACUUUUUGUUGCUGGAUUGGGAAUUAAAAAAGGAGGAGGAGAAGGACAACAAAAUGGAGAGGAAGAAAAAUCCCUUUUAUUAAUCCAACCACCGCCAACUGAAAACUCUUCAGAAUCUGGAGGAGGAAUGAGAUUUUAUGCGGAAUCAAUAGAAAUUACAAAAGAAUUGAUAAAUUUUGAAGGAAUUAAAUUAGCAGCAAUGCAUGAUAUUGAUAUGAAACAAGGAGAAUGGGAAAAUAUUAUUUGUGGAAAAAAAGAAAAUAAUAAUUUGAAGAAUAUUAUUGGAAAUAAAUCAAGAAAAAUUGUGGCACUUGAAAUUUAUGGACCCAAAGGAUCUCAAACUAAAAUAGAAGAAAUAUGUCAACAAAAAGAAAGGAAAGCUACAAAUGCAAGAUUGGUGGAUUCUGAACAUAUGGAAAAUUGUAGAAAGCAGUUAUAUAGAUUAUGUGAAAUUAGACAGAGUAUUUAA